UAUAAAUGAAAUACUUUCGUUUCUUGUGCAUUAAAUCGUUCCAGGAACUAUUUACCAUAUCUUGAAUAGAGAUGAAACCCCGCUGUUGCUUUUGACCGACUUCUGACAAAAACAACAUUGAAACAGAUAAUCUUGUUCAACGCUUUAUAUCUAUAACCCUUUUUACUUUUGAUCAGAUUGAUCUAUCCACAAGGGUAUGCAUUCCUUAAAACCAAAGCUUAAAUCUAAAAAAGAAGAAGAAAAAAUUUUAAAUGAAGCUAAACAACACGUCGAAGACGAUGGAUUUGAUCAUAAAAUUGCUUUGUACAGCAAAUUGCAAAGAAAAUUCGAAGCGUUGGAUAAUUUAGAGUUGCAUUUUGCUUUAUAUGGGUCGAAUAAAUUAGGAAAAUCAUCUUUCAUCAAUGCCAUCUUUGGGGACGAAAUUGACCUAGAGAGUCUUGCAAAAGUUUCUUUAGUUCGUCCUAAUAAUCGCAAAAUCAAAUUCAGGAAUAUACGAUCAAAAGCGUUUUCAAAGAAGCCAAGAUUAGAUGCAUUUCUUAUAUUUGUCAAAUCGAGAAUAACGGAGAAAGAGAAAACAACUGUUAAGAAAAUUUCAGAAAAGCAUGGAAUGCCGUUCGUUUUUAUUCUCACCCAUUCUGACGAAUCCAAAGAUAACGAAGCAAGUCUUUUGGAUCAACUUAAGAGAGAUAUUGAAGGCUUAGUGAAAGAUGAAGCUGAUAUUUACGAAAUUAACAAACGAGAUACAGCAAAUCAUAAAAUCAAGGGUCUGUGUGAAGAUAUUAUCUCGAAGUUGGAAAAUAAUUCGUUUCUGAAUAAAGAAUAUGAAAAAGAAUUCAAAAAGAAUUCGUUUCUGCACUCGUUGAAUAAAGCCAUUUAUGUAAACAACAAGAAAACCAAGAAAUUUUUUAAACAAGCUAAGAAACAGGGUGUUCCUCAUAUUCACGGCUUAUACAACAGUCAUUUAAUUGCUUCGUGGAUGAACACAGAAAUAAAUCUUGCAAUAACUGGAGAUUCUGGAACAGGAAAAUCAUCUUUCAUCAACGCCGUGAGAGGAAUUAAAGCUUAUGAGAAGGGGGCAGCAGCUGUUGAUGUUGCAGAAACGACUAAAAAAGCCACUAGAUAUUCACAUCCAAAACAUAAAAAUAUUAUUUUCUGGGAUCUACCAGGUAUUGGAACACCUAAAUACCCCAAUUAUAAAGAGUACUGUAAAAAAGUUGGUGGUCUAGAGAAGUACGACGCUUUUCUUAUUUUUUGCAAAACACGAUUCACUCAUUAUGACAAAGAGUUAGCUGAGAAAAUUUCAAAAGUUGUCGAAAAACCUUUCUUUUUUGUUCACACCAAUGUUGACACCGAACUCAAGAAUGCGAAAGAUGACGAAGGACCAAAGUUUAAUGAAGCAACUGUCAUGAAACGUAUGAGGGAAAAUUGUAUGAAAAACCUGGAAGUUUUAAUGCACGAUGAGAAAGAUAUCUUUUUGAUUGACAAUAAGGUUACAGAGAAAUAUGAUUUUCAACGUUUGAAGGAAUCGAUUGCCGAAGCGUUACCUGAGGAAAAACAAGAGAGUUUUGUUGCUUCCUUGGAUAAGUCUACACAUACAACAAUAAGAAUUAAGGCCAACUUUUUGAGAGCUCAUGUACAAUUGGUGAUUGUUUUGUUCGUAAUUGCUGAAUCUAAUCCUAAAGAUUUUGUGGAACUGAUAUCGUUGGAAGUCAUUCGAUAUCAUCGCGUAUUUGGUUUGUAUGAUCAGUUGAAAAAAUCCCUGAUGACAUCUGAAGAAAUCGAUGAAUUGUGUCACAAAGAAGAGCAUGAGAAAAAAAUACGAAGAAAAAUCGAUGAAAAGAUUCAGAAAAAAAAAUCUGAAGAAAUCAAAGAAGAGCUUAUGAAAGAUAAGUCAGUAGAAGAAUCACCAGCCAAAGUCAAUUGGGCGUAUGAUUACCUUUUGAAUUGCAUCAAAAGUUUAGAAAAAGAAGCUUUGAAGCCUUACGAUGCGGCAAACAAACAGGGAGAAAAUUCACAAACAUGAAAAAAAACUUAACAGUCAAAAUUAUAUAAACAUCACAAAAUAUUUCUUAAUCGAAAGCACUUUAUGCGUAGUAAAUAACACAUAUUAUUCUGAAGUUCAUGUACCUAAUAUCACGUUUUCCUAGACUCGCGCGUGUGAUUUCUCUAUUUUAACUAAACAUGCCACUUGGCAAACACUCUUUUAAUUUCUUGAAAAUCAGCAAAAUGAUUUCUUUUAAAUAUAAAUUUAAUGCAAUAUAACUUACUCACCUCUCUUGCACCCAAAACACCUUUUUUAACCCUUAAAUGCCCAAGGAGGGAGAAACUCAAUGCAAAAAUCUGUUCUUUGGUAUUUUUCCUUAAAAUAACAAGCAAUACCAAGUUCAAUUAAAAAAUUAAAAAAAAAACAUUUUUUCUUCCUAAAAAAAAUUGUGACAGAUUUGUCACAUUGGGCAUUAAGCACUACUUUGUAUAUUAAGAAAACUAGAGUUUAAAACUAAAAUAAUUAUAUAGUAUUAAUUAACAAAAGCAUGAAAUUUGUGAAUAUAACAAGAGUUUUAAUCAAUCAAUACUUUAAUCUGUCAGUAUGUAGAAA